AUGAAUGUAACAUUUUUAGUUUACAUUACUUUCCGUAAAUACGACAAGGAGGGUGGACUUCACAAAGGAAAUAUAAUUACAAUUGAGCCCGGUUUCUAUGCUGAAGGCAAAUGGGGUAUACGAAUCGAGAAUUGCUAUGAGAUCGUACCAGCUAAGGUACGUUCGGGCGCCACAAAUUUCCUAACGUUUUCCUCGCUUACUUAUGUACCAAUACAAAAAACAUUGGUGGACAAAGCACUUCUCUGCCCAAAAGAGAUUGCAUGGUUCAACCGGUACCACGAGGCAUGCCUGGAAAAAGUCGGUCCUUAUCUGCAGGAAACUGGAAAAGAGAAGGAGUAUAAGUGGCUUAAAAAUGCUUGUGCUCCUAUAUAA